GUAAUCCCCCAUGGAGGAACUUGACUCUUCUUUCCUCCGCCUUUCUCCUUUCUCUCCCUCUCUUCUCUUUCUUCUCCCAAAGAGAGCCAGGUAGAGAGCGAGAAUGGAGAGCUAAGCCGUCACUGGGCCCGCAUCGCAGGAAACUGGGCAAGAGCCCAGUUGUUGCACCUUCCUUCAUUCAAGAAGAGGUUCUGUCUUCUAAUCUCUGGAGGUCUUUUUGCAAGUUCUGACACAGUUGAUGAUUAUCAAGUAAAAUUGCGGUAAACAUCAAGAGAAUAGCUCAAAUGCCGGCUUUAAAAAUGAAGAACAAAGCAAGAACAGAUUGUGUAGGAGGACACAAUCUCCAGACUUGUCAUAAAUCGAUCAAAAAAUCAAAAAGUUUACAAUCACAAGUCAAAACAUUGCAACAAGCAGCGUUACCAGACAUUCCUACUCAAAUUUCUCAUGACGAUUCUUUAGGUGUGGAGACAUUGACUCAAAACAUUCGAAGAACUGAAGCCAAUGACAAUUUUGCUUAUGCUUCUGCUCAACUUAUAAACUCUCUUUCAGCAUCAUCUGAUUCUGCAUCCACUGGAACCAAGGCUUCUCAAUUUUCCACAUCUCAACCAAUCUUAGAAGCCCUAUUCUCCCCAGUUAUUGAGGCCAAUGAAUCUCAGUUCAAGCCAGUGAAUCAUGUUAGAGAUGAUGAGCACGGUGAACUGCCUAGCCUGAUUGCCAAUGACAAAGAUAAUGGGAAUAACGAAAGUGAAGUUCAAACUGCCAAUUUUUGGGAUCUCUAUACUUCUGAGAAGGUUGCUGCUUCUCCUUUUAAUGUUGACAUAGGAUUUUCUGAUGUACUAACUACUGCAUGUCCAGAUUAUGUAUACAUGCAACCCGACUUGAUUUUUGACAAGCAGGAUAGUUAUGUGGUACUGCCCUUCUUCGAGAAAACUGUGGAAACUAUUACUAGUCAGGAUCCACUUGAAGAACCUACAGUGAGGUCAGAUGGUUCAUAUUUAUAUCUAGCAAUCCAUCAAUUGAAAUCAUCUGAUCAGGAAACGGAAUCGAGCUAUAAUCUGGAAGAAACAGAAUGCUUUGAUCCACAAUAUUUUUUCAAAAGUUUACCGGAUUUACCUGAUUUAUCUGAAGCAGUUUCAUCCAUUUCUCCUGCUUUCCUACCAAAGGAAAUAGGAAGAAAGAAGUCUGUUACCCUUGUACUAGAUUUGGAUGAAACUCUUGUCCACUCUACCCUCGAGCAUUGUGAUGAUGCUGACUUCACCUUUCCAGUUUUUUUUAACAUGAAACAGCACACUGUAUAUGUAAGGAGGCGGCCUUACCUGCAGAUAUUCCUUGAGAAAGUUGCUCAGAUGUUUGAGAUUGUAAUCUUCACAGCCAGCCAAAGCAUCUAUGCUGAACAAUUACUCAAUAUACUGGAUCCAGAUAGGAAGCUAAUCUCCAGGCGCAUCUAUCGUGAAUCAUGUAUAUUUUCUGGUGGAAGCUAUACAAAAGACCUGACCAUUCUGGGUGUCGACCUUGCAAAAGUUGCCAUAAUUGAUAACUCUCCACAGGUUUUUCAGUUGCAAGUGAAUAAUGGAAUACCUAUUAAGAGUUGGUUUGAUGACCCAUCCGACCAUGCACUGAUUUCGUUAAUUCCCUUCCUUGAGACCCUGGUUGAUGCAGAAGAUGUUCGUCCUAUCAUUGCAAAGAAAUUUGGCAAUAAAGAGUGACAUUGUUUGUUCCUUUCAGUCAAUAGCAUGAUUUAUUGACCUCCAAUCACCUUCUUUAAUGCAAUAGUCUCUAUACAUGAGAAGUCCCAUAUUUGGUAUUAUCUCAUAGUUUUGUUUCUACAUUAAUGGUGAGCCGCGUUCAUAGCUUGCUUCGGUGUCAUGGCUGCUGCCCAUGUGCUUGAACUUGCUUCCUUUUUUAUUGCACUUUUGUCAUACCUACAUAACUAGCUUCCGGUGAUGUGUAUAUUAUUCAUCCCCUUUCAGUUGGGUACCGUCAUAAAGGUGUCUCGCUUGUAUACAACAGGUGUGAAAUAAAGUUAUUUUUCUUUGGCAUGCUUCU